UUUGGACCACCACGGUCAUAACUAAAAGAGUCCGCUGCGGAAAGGAGCGGAAGGAGGAGCUCGGCCUAUGGCCGCUAAACCAAGACUGGAAAAAUAAAACUGAAACCUAGUGUCCUUUAACACUUUUAAGGGUGAGGCGAGUUCUCAUCCGCUGAUCAAAAUGGAGAGCUCAGAAGAAGAUGAGUCUACCGCACAGGGUCAGGCUGAUCGACUCGUUCGGGAAGAGGCCUACUACCGGUUUGUGAACAGCAUAACUGAAGAAGAUUACAGGCUUAUGAGGGAUAACAAUUUAUUCGGCAUCAUAGGUGAAUCUACAGAAGAAGAGUUGGCAGCAAGACUACGACAAAUUAAAGAUACCUUACUCCUGGGAGCAGGUGCACAAGACCUUUCAAAUUACUAUGGUGGAAGUGUAAAGAUUACCUCUUUUACUGAAACUGAACACAUGACAGAAAGUGAGCAGACAGAAAGUCUGUCCUGGACAUUAGGAAAUCCGAGUACUACAAGCAGUAGUGAUACCAGAAGACCAAAUUUAGAGCCUGAAGAGUCCCUGUUUUCAAGACUAUUGAGAGAAUAUAUGGAAAAUCUACAGUCUGUGUCAACAGUUGCAACUUCAUCUACAUCACAAGAACAUACAACUGAAGCACUAAUGGAAGACCAAGAACGUACAACUGAAGCACUAAUGGAAGAGCAAGGAAGUACAGCAGAAGCUCACAUGGAAGACCCAUCUAUCAGAAUUCGAAGAUCAAGAAGGAGGAGACAAAGAAAGUGGAGACACAGAACAAGAAAUGAAAGUGGCUCCCAUCCAGAUACAAUAAAUCAGACGGCAGAGAGAUUGCAUCAUAAUAUAUCAUCUGAGGGUAUCGAGGAGGCAUCAGUAAAUGAGACUGAGACAGUUUCUAGAAAUGAACCACAUGCGGUAUUGAGACAAGUGACCAGAUCUGCCUUACAAUGUAGAGAUAAUUUUGCAGCUUCUGAAUUAACUGAUGAUUUAUCUGUAGAAUUUUCUCCACAUGCAUCCAGCAAUAGGGAAUCUGUAGAAUCGAGAACAAGACACACAUUAGUGGUUCCAGACUUUCAAGUCACAAUUUUUCCAGGAGAACAGUCUCUGAGAGAUGACACAGAUACAAUUCUAGAAAUACCUGAGACACUAUACACUUGUACCUCUGUGGAAAGUGCUCAAGAAGAGCUCAGGAACAUAUUUUCACGUGCUGAAGCGGCAGGCAUAAGAAGUGAUGUUGGUACUCUCAGAAUACCUGCUUUCAGAAGUUCAAAUAGUGGUUUGGGUGCUACAGCAUCUAGUGAGAGUCAGGGAAGACCCUUUGAGCAAAGUACGACAAGAUUUGCAGGAUUGAGUAACGUUAUCGACAGUGAUAGUGAUUUAGAGUUUAGUGGCUUGCCUCCAACUCAAAACAUACCAAGGGCAGAGUCACAGAAUAGAAGAGAUAGUUCCAAUUUAAAUCUUAGCUUUGAGUCUCUGGCUGGUGCAGCAGCCAUGUAUGAUCCAAGCUUCGGCUACUCUACUGGUGCUAGUUUUAACCCUAUGUUCAGCACCAGUUCUCAUUAUGAAAAUCCAGAAAUACUCCAAAUGAUGUUCGGAGACAUUAAUGAAAGAAGGGAAUCAUUAGUCUCCAGGUCUCAGGCCGGACAAGAAAUUCAACAUGCACACUCAGAAAUAGCUAAUGAAAGUGAAGCCUGGUUGACCUUAGAUGAUGUAGUUCGUAUAGAUGUACCUACUUUUAACCAACCUACAGGACUUACAAAGCAACAGAUUGACAACUUGGCAGUAAGAGUAUUUAAUAGAAAUGAUACACCGCAGUCCUGCAGUGUCUGCCUUACCGAAUGCACACACGGCAACAAGCUUCGCAUACUACCAUGUUCCCACGAAUACCACGUUCACUGCAUUGAUCCUUGGCUCGCUGACAAUUCCACCUGUCCUAUUUGUCACAAUGUAGUAACAGGUUAUGGGGACAGAUAAAUCUUUAUAUUUAAGUUCUGAAACCUCAGUAAUAUCAGCUUCUGGUGAUAAACAACACUUGCCUUAUGUUUACUUUUGAA